GUGUGUGUGUGUGUGUGACUCAGUUCUCAGUGCAGAAAGAGAUAAGAGAGUGAUGGAACGGGGCAUUCGCGAAGUGAAAUUGGAGGAUUUAGUGGGAGCAGGCUUACCGGCAGAGGAGGCGAGAGCUUUGAAGGCUUCCCUAGAUGACGUAAUUUCUCGACUAGGGUUUGGCUCUGAUCCGAGAGAUGUGUGGCGCGAAAUCACUGAUCGGCGCUUGCUUCGCCCAUCUUUCCCUCAUUCUUUACAUCAGCUCGUCUAUUAUGCUGUCUACUCCAAUUACGACGAGUCUUCUUCUGGACCUCCUCUCUAUUGGUUUCCUUCAUUAUAUGAAGCUGAGAUGACAAAUUUGGGUCGUAUCAUGGAAACUUAUGGUCCAAGAGUAUUGGGCGGAUCAUACAGAAACCCCUUGACAAGUUUUCGUCUCUUCCAAGAAUUCUCUGUUCAAAAUGCUGAGGCUUACUGGUCGUUUGUACUGAAAGAGCUAUCAAUUGUAUUUCAUAAAGAACCUAGAUGCAUUCUUGACACAUCAAGUCAAAAUGGAACUUGGUUUCCUGAUGCCAUAAUGAAUAUUGCAGAGUGUUGUCUAUUACCAUCUAAUCAUCCUAGAAAACGGGAUGAUUCUCCCAUCAUUGUGUGGCGCGACGAAGGCUGUGAUGAUUCACCUGUCAAUCGUAUGACAUUGAAAGAACUUCGGGAACAAGUGAUGCUGGUAGCUAAUGCAUUGGAUGCAAUGUUCUCGAAGGGCGAUGCGAUUGCAAUUGAUAUGCCCAUGACAGUCACGGCAGUCAUUAUUUACUUGGCAAUUGUGUUAGCAGGAAUGGUCGUUGUAUCAAUUGCUGACAGUUUUGUAGCAAAGGAAAUUGCUACUCGUUUAAGGGUAUCAAAAGCAAAGGUCAUCUUUACUCAGGAUUUCAUUGUAAGAGGUGGAAGGAAGUUUCCUUUAUACAGCAAAGUUGUUGAAGCAGCUCCACAUAAGGCUAUUGUGAUUCCCGCCAUUGGGGGAGAUAUUGGGAUUUCUUUAAGAGAACAUGAUUUACCAUGGAAGGAUUUUCUUUCAACUGUCAAUCACCUUCCUAGAUCAAACUAUUUUUCUCCUGUGUACCAAUCUAUUGAUUCCAUCACUAAUAUACUCUUCUCAUCUGGAACCACAGGGGAUCCGAAAGCAGUUCCUUGGACACAUGUUUCUCCUAUUAGGUGUGCGGCUGAUUCGUGGGCACAUAUGGAUUCUCAAGUAGGUGAUAUAGUUUGCUGGCCUACUAAUCUAGGAUGGGUUAUGGGACCAAUUCUACUCUAUUCUUGCUUUUUAUCCGGAGCCACUCUCGCAUUAUAUAAUGGUUCUCCUCUUGGAAGAAACUUUGGGAAAUUUGUACAAGAUGCAGGAGUGAAUAAAUUGGGCACAGUUCCCAGUUUAGUGAAGGGUUGGAAGAGUACUAAGUGUAUGGAAGGAUUAGACUGGACUAAGAUAAAGUCAUUUGCUUCAACCGGAGAAGCUUCCAAUAUUGAUGAUGACCUUUGGCUUUCAUCAAGAGCCUACUAUAAACCGAUUAUUGAAUGUUGUGGAGGAACCGAGCUUGCUUCAUCUUACAUCCAAGGAAGUCUUCUCCAACCGCAAGCUUUUGGUAUGUUCAGUUCUGCAUCUAUGACGACGGGAUUUGUUAUUCUUGAUGAUGAUAAGAAUCCCUAUCCGAAUGAUCAAGCUUGUGCUGGGGAAGUAGGUUUAUUUCCGAUUUAUAUGGGUGCAACCGAUCGUUUACUUAAUGCUGAUCAUGAAGAGGUGUACUUCAAUGGAAUGCCCAUGUACAAAGGAUUGCGAUUGAGGAGACACGGGGACAUAAUAAAGAGAACAAUCGGGGGCUAUUAUGUGGUUCAGGGAAGAGCCGAUGAUACCAUGAAUCUUGGUGGAAUUAAGACUAGUUCUUUAGAGAUUGAGCGGGUAUGUGAUCGAGCUGAGGAGAGUAUCGUCGAGACAGCUGCUGUAAGCAUUUCUCCUCCAACUGGUGGGCCGGAGCAGCUGGCAAUCUUUGUUGUUUUAAGGCACGGUUUUACUGCAGAACCAGAAAUGUUAAAGACAAAACUGACUAAAACCAUUCAAAUGAACCUGAAUCCUCUGUUCAAGGUGAGCUAUGUCAAGAUUGUUGAGGAGUUUCCAAGAACAGCUUCGAAUAAAUUGCUGAGAAGAGUACUGCGGGAUCAACUGAAACAGGAGAUUUACGCAGCUGCUGCUGCUGUUAGGAGUCGGAUUUGAUGGUUAAUAUCAAGUUUCUUAUGAUAAUAUCCAAUAAUUGUUGUUGUAAACAAUAUGAUAAUAUCCAAUAACUGUUGUUGUAAACAAUAAAAAGUAUGAUUGAUAUUUGUCUAGUUAAUUAAUAAUAAUUUCAUAUUAUUUUAGAAUGAAACAUGUUCACAACUUACAUUUAAUGAAUUCAAUUUAUUUGUAAACAGAUUCCAACCAACUAGUAGUAGAGCAUUUAAUACAGCUCAAAUAUUGGCCUAUGUAUUUAUUUUUU